ACCUGCUUUUCUACUGAACUCACAAGUUCAUUACCUCACUAUCACUUUGUCUAAACAGGAACGAUGAUCACACUCUUUGUCGCGCUUUACUCUCUUUUUUCUCUCUGCACAGCUGUAAACACUUCUGACAUCAAGGAGCUUCAUGUGAAAACAGUAAAGCGUGGAGAAAAUGUAACUAUGGAGUGUAGCAUGAGCAAGGUCAAAGACAAAAACAAAAAUAAUAUAGCUUGGUACAGACAGAGUUUUGGAAAAGUGCCUCAGCAUUUUGUAAGAUAUUACGGGACUAAUAGCUACAAAUUUGCAGAGGGAUUUAAAGAUAGCCGCUUCAGUAUGACUGUAAAUGACCAGAAGUUUGAUCUCAACAUUAUCGGAACGAGAGAAGAUGAUGGAGGAGAAUAUUUCUGUGGAGAAGUGGAGGGAAGUUCAAUAAAGUUCACAUCUGGAACACGUCUGCAAUUUGAAGGUGAAGAGAUGAAACACUGUCCUACACCUGGAACGGUUAACAACAACACAGAUUCUGGUACAGGGUCCAAUGAGGAUUCAAAGAGCAGUGACGGAGAAGGUUCCAGUUGUCCUGAUCAGAUGCAUGUGCUGGUCUGGCUCUCCAUUUUUAGAGUUGGAGUUCUUGCCUUCAUGCUUCUUAUCUUUCCAAUAAUCCUGAUUGUUUUCAAAUUAAGAUCAAAUUAGAAAUUCAGAUGCAAAUGGAAGAAAUACUGAUUUAAGGAGAAAUGGUGUGUUAGAUUUAACUAGAGUUAAUUGCUUUUAUUGUCUGUAUAUUGGAAUGAUUUUGGUCUAACUGUAAUGUGGAGGUAUUUACCAGCCGUAUUUACAGCUGCAUUUAAGGGCUCCUGAGAGGCGCAGUACAAAAUCGUUCUCCCUAUUGUCUCGGGGUCUAAUCCUGACCAUGCCACAGACAUCCGUAGCCGGAAGUCCAGGAGAGCAAAAUUGGCCGUGCUCUCGUAGAGGGAGGGACAUACUCUCUCUCCCCUGUCAAUCACAGCAACACCAGCCAAUCAUGGGCAUCUGUGGGUGUGUUAUGCUGCCCCCUGAUGGUCAGAAGUUAUAAAAGAUGCAGUUAUCAGGUGUCUCACAGGAAGCAUGUGAUAGCCUUCGCCCACCCUGGUUGGUAGCUGUUGUGUGACAGGGGAGACCUAACUUGAGGGCGGGAACUGGCCAUGAAUAAAUUAGGGAGAAAAUCGGUGGAAAAUGUAAAAAUGCAUUUAAUUAAAUAAAAUCUAAAGUGAA